GGCACGAGCGGGCACGCACAACUCAAGCCGGAGCGCGAGAGUUGCGCGAGCGGGCGCGCGGCUGCUUAAUUAUCUACCUUAAUUUGCACGCGCUGAUUUUAAGUUUAAUUGCAUUUGUAUUAUCAUUAGAUUCGUGUUUUUAUUUAAAGUAUUUUUUUUACUAACACAAAAACAGCACCGGCUCGUGCAAGUUUGAAUAAGGAUUUUGGGUUUUCUAAGGAUUUGGCUCCGUGCGCGCGAGUGGGUUUGUGUGUGUGAGGGAAGGAGACUGAGUGUGUGUGAAGUGUGUGUUGAGAGAGAGAGAAAGAGAAAAAGAGGACAGAAGGGGGAACCUGGACCUUUCCACAGCAAGUCCAGCAGCAAGACCCUGGCCCAGUGUGGAUGCAUGUAGUGGACGCACGCGCGCCCGUGCGUAGGACUCAACCGCUGUCCAGAAGUGUCCAACUCCGCUCGCGCCACCUUCAGCAUCCCAGCCCCGGGUGCCUCGAGCUCCGGGGGGUGACGGUCUCGACCAUGAUCUCUGUAGGAAUACUCCUGAACCUGGUCUUCAUUAGAGGUUUGCUGUCCUCAGUGGUUCCUCUGUUUCCGGGGACGCUGGACUGUGAGGAAGCCGUGCAGGAAUGUAUAUCUGAGCCCAAGUGCGAGAGACUGUACAGGCAGCUGGAUUACUGUGUGGACGAGGAGGCGGUGGCACCGCUGGGUCCUGACACCAGGCAGGCCUGCAGCGAUGCCCAGAAUGCCCUGCUGCACUACCACAACCUGCAGGAGUGCAAGUGCCAGCGCGGCUCACGCAGAGAGCUCGUCUGCCUCAGAGUCUACUGGACCGUCCGGUUCCCACAAGGGUACGAUGACAUUGAGACAUCCCCUUAUGAGGACAUUGAACUGGAGCUGGUGAGAAAUGCGGAAAACUCCAAACUGGCCUCAAUCGUGGCAGUCUCCUCAUUUUCUCUGGAUGGACAGAACCGGUGUCUGAAGGCGGCGCAGGACUGCGGUCUGUUUGAGAAGUGCGGGGCGCUGCGCUCCGAGUACGUGCUGGCCUGCACUAAGCGCGCGGUGGGCUCGGAGCGCUGUAACCGGCAGAAGUGCCACAGGGCGCUGCGGCGGUUCCUGGAGCGCGUGCCGGAGGAGUACAGCUUCAGCCUGCUCUUCUGCUCCUGCACCGACCCGCUGUGUGGAGAGAGGAGGAGGAAGACCAUCGUCCCCUCCUGCUCCUACGAGGAGAGAGAAACUCAGCCCAACUGCCUCCACCUGGAGAUCUACUGCCUGAGGGACGACCUCUGCAGGUCGAGACUGGCUGAUUUCCAGCAGAACUGCCAGCCCUCCCCUCACUCACCCUCAGGCUGUCUGCGCGAGAGCGGCGCUGUGUGCCUGAAGGCCUACGCCGGACUGAUCGGUACGAUCAUGACGCCAAACUAUGUGAGUAACAGCAGUACGGAGGUGUCUCAGUGGUGUAACUGUGAAGGCAGUGGUAACCAGUGGCAGGACUGUCUGCGUAUUCUCCACAUGUUCAACAGCAACGCCUGCCUGCGUAAUGCCAUUGAUAACAUGGGGAGCUCUAACCCUCGGCCUGUGGAGGGCACGCCCCUGCCCCCGCCUCGUCCCUCCCCUCACCUCCAGCACGACGAACUCCACGUUAACCUGCUGUCAGACCUCAACUCGGUGGAGGAAAGUGAGGAGGAAAAGCAGGAAGAGGAAGAGGAGGAGGAGGAGCAGGAAGAGAUGGAAGCAGCGGAGGAGUUCAACGUCAUCCCUCCGUUCUCGGACAAGGCCACAGUCACUAACCUGGGCGGCUCAGAGACGGGCAGGGUCCACAGCCGGGCCUCCAGCACCCUGGCUCCAGCGCCAAUGCUAAUGCUAAUGCUAAUGCUGCAACUGCUGCUACUAACUACCCUCAGCCGGGGGUAGACAUCACACACAUACACGUACAUAAACAUAUACAUAGACACAAAAACACACUCUUUCUCGCAUAUGUACACACACACUCAAAUAUACACACACACACACACUAACACAACAUACACUUACAUAUAUACACACACAUAUCCUCUCCUCAAAUAAUCACUCACACCCAGACUCUAUAUAUAAAGACUUUAUACCGAGGGAUGGAGAGAAUUAAAGGAAGGAGAAAGAGCGAGAUGAGAUAAAGGAAAAGAAGAGAAGAGAAAAGAAAAGAAGAAGAGAAGAGAAGAGAAAGAGAAGAAAAGAGGAGGGCAAGAAAGCCCCCCACUCCCUCUGCGUCCCGUCCUCUUUCUUCCACUUUGUUUCUUCUUCUCCUCUUAAUUAAGAGGUGUCAUGUACAGUCGCCGCUCGGGAGUCGCCGCUCUGUGAAUCUGAUUCAUUUGAAUCAAUGGACUGAAUAGAGUCAGACUGUAAUUGAGUGAAUCAGUGAAUCAGUAGUAUAUAAUGUAUCUAUUGUGUCAUUAAUUUCGGCUUCAAACGCGCUGCUGAUGCCGGCCAGCCGUCAGUCAGUUCAGCAGGAUUUGCUACAUUGCUUUCCUCUAAUGACAUAUCUAUGAGUGCACAGCUUGUUCUUUUCUUUCCUUCUUUGGACUUAUUUUGCAUUUUCUUGUUGCUGAAGCUUUUAUGAGUGUGUGUGUGUGCAGUGUGUGUGUGUGUAGUGUGUUUGCGCGUGUGUGUGUGUAUGCAGGAUGUUUGCGCUUUGUCAACAUCAGAGGGAAACUGGUCGAGUAUAGAAUUCUAUGUCUUUCAUCUCUCUCUCGCACCCUUUUGUCUCAAGUCAGGUUUUUAGCACGCACACACACUCACACACACACACUCACACACCAUGACCCUCCCUCGGUGCAGAUGCAAGCGCUUUUCCUUUAUUGCUCUAUCUGCGAUGUGCUUUAAUUUUUAGAGUCAGCACAGGCUGUGGACUCUAACCAGGGGCAUAAAUAAUGAAAAAAAAAGCAACACCACCCCCGAACAAUAUGAGUAAUAAAGUCGAAAUAAAUAAAUAAACACGUCCGUCGUAAAUAAAUAAAUAAAUAAGUCAAUGAAGAAGUGAGCGCACAGCAGGUGUUUGGGGAGGGGGGUCCAGUCUGGGUUUUUUGGAACCUGCGGGUGGGAAAGAGAGAGGAAGAGAGAGAUAGAGAGAAAGAGAGAGGGAAGUUAUUUGCCAGCUGCCUGUCGCUCUGUGCUUCAUGCCUUCCCUUUUUUUCCCGUUUUUUGCCGAGAUAAUGGUUUACAACGCAAACUGUUUAUCUUGUUGCGCGUUCUGGCGAAGGGGUGGGGGGGACGAAUUGCUUCUGAUGGGGUGGAGAAAUGGAACGAGGGAGGUGUAGAAAGAGAAAGAGAGAGAGAGAGAAAAGAGAGAUAAAAAAGCGAGGAGAGCCCCUCCAGCGCAAACAUACAGUUGAACAUCUCAUGCUCUUUCAGUUUUCCUAUGUCUUAUAAAUCUAUUGCUGACACUAAUGUUUUUUGCCUUCUCUCUCUCUCUCUAACCCCCCUCCACCCUCCUCCUCCCCCUCUUCCUCAUUCCUUCUCUUGUAUGUCUGAGGAAGCAAAAGCAUCUUUGCUUCCUUCCAGAGGGGGUUUAACGUAGGAGGGUUAUUAACCCCCCCCAACCCCCCUCACUCCCCCUUCUACCACCCGCUACUCUAGAGGCUCAGAAGAAUCUAAUGCAAGGUAAAGAGGUCAUACACUGCUCUCUCUCUCGUUCUUUGCUCCUGCCCGUCUUCUAUUGAAAAGACGCGCCUAGCAUUACGCUACGUACACGCCUCAACAAUGAGCCGCCCGAAUGGGUCUAUUAUGUGGCCGGGGAGCGGCACUCGCGGGACUCUGAUUGAAGCAGCCGUUCCGCUUGUUGCCCCGUCCCGUCGACGGUCCUUAAUUAAGAAGAGGCGCGUUCUGGGCAGCGGAGAUUGACGAGUCCAUCUGAAAGUGCCGGUCAGCCACUAUGAUGACUGUUGUUAUUUUUUAAUUGUUUCUCGGGCCCUGCUUUGUCAUCCGAACAAGCAAAGGGUGCUGCAAAAGAAGAGCGGCAGUGCCUAGAAACAAGUGGGUCCGUGGCUUACACAAAUGCAUUUCGGAUAAAUAAAAAAAUAAGACGUGUGUUUAGUGAAGGCAUUGCCCGACAUCUCAGGAAAAAGCUUGAAAGAGAAAGUGAGCCGAGAGAGUUGGGCAGGGAGUGUGAGAGGUGACUAAAUGUGUAAUGUACUUUAUCUGCCUUAACCCAGUGUAACAGAGUGAAUCCACUGCUAAACCCAUUCCUAGUCAAGCCCAAAUCCCUAUUGUACCCACUCCUAAUCAAGCUCAAACCCAUUACUAGUCAAGCCCAAACCCCUAUUGUUCCCACUCCUAGUCAAGACCAAACCCACUUCCAGACAAUCCCAAACCCCUAUUUUACCCACUCCCAGUCAAGCCCAAACUCACUGCCAGUCAAGUCCAAACCCCUAUUGUACCCACUCCUAGUCAAGCUCAAACCCACUACUAGUCAAUCCCAAACCCCUAUAGUACCCACUUCCAGACAAACCCAAACCCAUUUUUUACCCACUCCUAGUCAAGCCAAAACCCCUCUUGUAACUAUUGUGUCAAGCUGAAACUCCUCCUGUACCACUCUGCUAAUUCUAAACCCUACUAAUACCUGUUUAGUCAAACUCACAUUCCUUCUGAUCCCACUGUCAGUCAAGCCCAAACAACUCCUGGUGCCAUUGUAUGUGAUACCCAAAUUCCCCCUGUGCCCGAACCCCCCAGUACCCAUUCAGUCAAAUCCAAACCACUCAUAAUAUUCUUUUAGUCAAGCCCAAACCUCUUCUGUACCAACUCUUUCAAGCUAAACCCUUCCUGUACCAACUCUGUCCCCAACUACCUACUGCAACCACUGUCAGUCAAGCCCGAAACUGUCUGGUAUUCACUCUGACAAGCUCAAACCUCUCCUGGUCCUAUUGUCAGUAAAGCACAGACUCCUUCUCUACCCACUUUUUUAAGCCAAACCCUUCCCGUAGCAACUUUGUCAAGCCCAGCUACUUCUGGCAACCACUGUCAGUCAAGCCCAAACCACUCCCGCAUUCACUCUAUGAAGCCCAAACCCUUGCUGUAUCUGUCAAGCUCAAACUUAAGAAGAGAUAUGUUUUGGGUAGCAAUAGACACAUCAAUCAAAAAGUAACGGUCAGCCACUUUGAUAACUGUUGUCACUUUUUAAUUGUUUCUCAAGCCCUGCUUUGUCAUCCGAUCGAGUGAGGGGGCGGCGAAAGGAGGGCAGUGUUGUGAAACAUGAAGGGCCGUGGCUUACACAAAUGGGUUUCGGAUAAAUAAACAAAUGAGCCGUGCACUGAAUAAAGACGUUGCCGGACAUCUCCGAAGAGAGGGGAAGAGAGAGAAUUUUGGCGGAAUGAGAGACAGAGAUAGGCGUCUAAAUGUUUUCUCUGCCUUCUCCCAGUGUGUCAGUGCGUAUGCGCCUAUGUCUAUUUGCGUGGAUGGCAUUACAACAGUGUAUGGACCCAUCCUGAGCUUUAUUUAAUAUUAGCUCCAUGUCUCUGAGCUUGGGCAUCCAUCUGCGGGUGUGUGUAUGCGCAGGGCCUCUGCGGGUUUAGUGCCAAUAGAGAAAGCGAGAGACAGACAGACAGACAGAUGCAGACUGGAGCAAGAGAACAGAAGAGAGAUAAAAAAACAACGAGGCAAAGGGGGGACUCAGAGACGGGGGCGUGAGGAGCUUGAGUUUGCAUCAGAGAGAGAGAGAGAGCAAGAGCGAGAGAGGCAGAAGGCUUGGGAGAGGAUUAGGAGUUCUGAGAGAGAGGAAGAGAUUGCAUGCGAAAGAUUCGGGAAGAAAAAGUCAGUGAGGGAGAGAGAGAUAGACUGUGCAUCAGCAGCACUGAAAUGAGCUUCAGUAGUGGAGCCUUCAGCCUGCAAAAUAAAUCAGGACUGGCUGACUACAUCGCUAAUACUACCAUGAGCCCAGAGGUUUGCCCUUCUCUCUGACACACUGACAAACUCCCGCACACACAUAUACACAAACUACAACUCUUUAAGGUGCUGUCUACGGCUUUUCCACGUUGCCUCACUCUUGUCUCUUUUGUUUUAUUUCCCUUUUCACUCUGCAUUCACACUAGCAGGCGACAGAGCGACAAACGACCAGUCAUUUCCUGUGGGAAAAUGCAAUUUGUAGCUGCAAUUUAGCUACAAGAGGCUAGUAACAUAGUGACGGAUAGACAUGUAUGAAUAUAUCGAGUUCAUACAAAUGAAUGAUGAUGACGUGAAGCGAGAUUCAAACCCAUUGGACCAAAAUAUACUUUAGAUCAGUCUAAGACUUUCUGAAUCAUUUGUUCCCACCACAUUUUGUUCCUUUUCACAUCAGUGUGGUUCUAGACAUGGAAGGGAGGCUAAUAAGUGCUUGUGCCUCUGUUCCUGCUGUUUGAAAGACAGUAAUGCAUAGCUUGAUAACUUGUAGUCAAGUACACUACCACGAGAGACAAACUUUGGGUGAUGUAAGUGAUUUGUCCCUGGCCAGUGUGAAUGCAGGAUCAGACCAACUUUACCAUAUCACACUAUCAGACUGAUCCUUUCCCUUUCUGCUUCCUUUGUUUCCCUCUCAACUUCUCUCUCUGUCUUUCUUUCACUCUCUUUCGCUCUCUCGUGCUCUCUCUGUCCUCCAGCGGUAGUUAGUCCUGUGCCGUGUGCUCAGUGGACUGUGUGGCUCUCUGUUCCACCCCACACUCCACACCCUCCAAAUUACAUUAUCAUAAUUAACACCGCUAAUGUUUUUCUAAUGAAGAGCCCUCCAAAAGAAGCCAAAACUCAAAGGCCAUGUUUAAGCCCCUUUAGUUGAGUGCACUUAGAAUACAUUCUUUAUUUAUUAAUGACAAAAAAAGCUUUAUUUUUUACUACUUGAGGCCUCACGGCAUUAGACUGUCUUCUUCAACUUUUCUUUCUUUUUUUUGUUGCUGUUUUAUUUUGGAGUCUAUGUAAACUUUGCCAUUUCUUUGUUAUCAGUAAAACUACUACUCUCAUUUCUCUCAGUUUAUACUAUGUCUUUUUUUCUUGUAUGUCUUUCUGUGUGUGCCUGUGUGUGUUGACACUGGACCGUGCCACUCAUGCUCCCCUGUUGACUGUGCACACAUCUGCAGACGAAGGACAGCUGUACAAGUGCAAUGCACGGUCAUUUCACAGUGCGUCAUCAGUCGCCGUGGUCAUUUUGUGAUGUGACUCUGAGGAUGUUCCUAUCAUUGAGAUGGACCAAAAUCCAAAAACAGAAUAAAAAGCUGAACAAUAGCACACAAAAGAUGAUAAUUUACCUAGAGAUGGCUCCUGUGUCUAUGAGUGAGGGAGUGGGAAAGGCCAGGCUGCCUUGACCCACGCAUGUCUCUCCACACUGUGUUAGAUGUGCCUCUAAACCACCCUUCACUGACCGCAUACCCACCAUAUACAUACCAUAUACUGCAUCCACCUUCAGCCCCUAGUAAAUCAGUUUACUACCCACACACCUUCACUACAUUCAUUUUUCCCAAACCUCAUACUGUACCCGAUAUUACCUCACAACCAUACUGUACCCAAUACCCAAAAAGGAAUUACCAAACGUAUACUACGUAUAUGUUCAUUCUCAUUUUCAGUCAGUUAGUUGAAACCCCAUAUUGGUUACACUCUCAAUUAAGUCCAAACCUUUCAUGUUUCCAUUCUCAGUCAAGCCCAAAUCCGUGUUGUCUUAGUCAAGUCCAGAUCCUUCAUGGUUCCACUUUUAGUCAACCCCAAACCCAAUCUAGUUCUCCUCUACCAUGCACAAACUCUUCCUUUUCCACUUUUUGUUCACCUCAAAGCUCAACUGUAUCUAUUCUCAGUCAAGCCCAAACCACAUAUGUUCUAAUUUUUAGUCAAGCCCAAAUCCUGCAGGUAUAAAUCUCAGUUGAGCCCAAAUCUCUUAAGGUCCUACUCUGUCAAUCCCAAACCCUUCAGGUCCAGAUCUCAUUUAAGCUCUGUCAAGCCUGAAACUCUCUUCUACCACUUUCAGGUAAGCCCAAAGCUCUCCCAUACUCACCAAUCUGGGACCCACUUUGAGACAAGCCCAAACCCCUUAUGCUCCUACAUUAUCAAGCCCAAAGCCCUUUGUACUCACUCUAUAAAUCCCAGACCUCUCCUGUCCUUCAAGCCCAGAGCUCCCCCAUACCGACUCUCAAUAAACUUCUCCUACUAGUUCAAAACUCAAGUCCAAGUUUCUGUUUCUACCAUUUCCACCUUCACAUUCCAACUGUUCCCUUCCUCACCCCUAUCCCAAGACCCUUACUUAUUUUACUACUUCCAUCCACUUUCUACUCAACCCAUUUCCACUGUAUCCAUUCUAACCCCCAUACCUACACUACAUCCACUAUACCCACUAUACCCACAUCAUUUUAUACCCAUUACACAUCACAAUAACCUGUCCCAAUUAACCCAAUUGUAGGCAAUCAUUAACUACCAACUACCCCACACCAUUACCUACUGACACUACUGUACCCAAUCUCCACCGUCCUCCUCCACACCUCAGCUGUUCUUGGAUGAAGUUGCUCUUAUAUGUUGUUCUGAGAUCAAGUGAGGCAAUUUUCUUUAAUGAAAUUUAAAGGCAGCCCAAGCUUCUAUUUCUGCCCAAGAAACAAAAUCACACUGCCAGCAUUAACUGGCGACAUUGGCUUUCAUUCAGCGUUAUGUUAGACAAGACUUAAUCGUCACGAGUGCCAUUAAAAAUGAUCCUCUCUGUCAAAUGGGGGGGCUGAUUCAUUUGUUUACAUGACUCUUCAUCUUGGCAGCGUUUCUGUCUGGAAAUAGGCACUAAUGCACAAUGAAUCAUUAACAUUUUUGGACAGACCGAGACAAGGGCGUGCUGGUCAAAGAUCUCAAAGAACUAUGUGAAAGAGUAGCGUCGUUCCAGGACACAUGAUCUCGCAACCUGGCCUGGAGACCUUUUAUGGACUCUGGGGCUCCGUCGCUCCUCUCCACCUCCACUCUCCUCACACUUCUCUUGGUAUUCAGGUUCUGGUCCGUGUUCUGUUUCCUAUCAGGUGUAUAAAAAAAAUAAAAUAAAUAAAGGGUGAUAUCACUGUUGCUGUGUACCAUUAUAAUGUUCCAUCUGAAAUAAAAGAAGAAACAAACAGUC